UAAACUUGUCACGCAAGUCAGAUUUUUUCGGCGGACGCACAGCGGCGAGGGAUGUAGAUGUUUGGAGUGUUCAUCGGUGUCGACUUAUUGUUAUAGAAAAACUCCUUAAAGAACAAGACAUACUGUGCGUAAUUUCCAUUAUCUUGCAAUGGAUGAGCCUCGUGUGACGUGUGUGUUCAAGAAGAGGAGCAUCAAACCUCCAGGAGGCGUGCGGAAGAGGGCUGCUGACAGUGACAACAGUAGUGAGGAUGAGACGAAAGUUGUCAAGAAGGGAAAAAAGAGACACUCAGCCAACCCUCUCAUUCAGCGCAGCAAGAACAGAGGAAGAGCCAGGGAAGAAGAACACAGCUCCAGUGAGGACAGUGAGGAUGACUUGAGAUGUGCAUAUAGGUCUAAGCGCACAGAGGGAAGGGAGGGACCCACAGACAUGGGUGCAACGUCUACCAUCCAGUUUGAGACAGAGAAGGACCGAGAUGCUCAGGCAGUAUUUGAGAGAUCUCUGCAAGUCAACAAGGAGACUAGAGGGAAAGAAGAUGACAAGGUGUACCGUGGCAUGAAUAACUAUGCUCACUUCUUUGAGAAAAAGGAUACAGCCCAGGGCAAUGCAGCCAGUGGAGGUGUGCGCAAGGGUCCUAUGAGAGCACCAGACAACCUGCGUGCCACAGUCAGGUGGGACUACCAACCGGACCUCUGCAAGGACUAUAAGGAGACAGGUUUCUGUGGCUUUGGAGACAGUUGUAAGUUCCUGCAUGACCGCACAGACUACAAACUGGGGUGGCAGCUGGAGAUGGAGUCAAGCAAGGCAGGUGAUGAUUCUGAUGAGAACUGGGAAAUUCCAAGUGACGAUGAACAUCUUCCCUUCAAGUGCUUCAUCUGCAGACAAUCCUUUGAAGAUCCUAUUGUUACUAAGUGUAAACACUACUUUUGUGAGAAGUGUGCCCUAGAUAACUUUAAAAAGACCAGGAGAUGUUUUGUGUGUUCUGAGGAUACUGGGGGAAUUUUCAGUCCUGCUACAGAAUUAAGGACAAGGCUGAAAAAUGGAAAUCUUGAUGAUAGUGAUUGAAAAUGGAACUUAACAUUUAUUGAAAUCAUAAUGUGCUUUAUGCAUCUGAAAUGUUAAGCUCAUGUUUUUUUGAUAAAACUCAAAUGGACUGAAGCUAGAGACAGUAUUAGUGUUCAUGAAUAGGAAGAUUAUAGUUUAUAGAUAAAAGCUGUUAUGUAUGUAGAAGAUUAAAGGUGAGUGAAAUUAGUCAGUGGAUUUCAUCAACCACUGUAGCCUCAGAUGGAUGAUUGCACCAUAGCUGCUAAAGGAUGGCCACAAAGUAGAACAAACGAGCAAACUAAUUCAAUGAAUGUGCUGGAGGGUAGGAAAGAGAGACAAUUGGAAUUUACAAUGGUAUGCUUAUAUAGGAGCAGAUUGAGACUCCUUAGGGGAAGUUCCAGGCACCAACCCCUAGGAUUACACACUGUACUUGUGGUAAAUGGUCUCUUCAGAAUACCAAGAAGCUUUGGAAACUAAAUUGAUUGUCAUAAGUCACACUCAUCAUCCCUUUUACCACUCUGUAAUCAUUACCCCUCAUUCCUCAGCUGUUUUCUACUGCAUUAUUAUUCAUUAUUGUCAUAAGUCACACUCAUCAUCCCUAUUACCACUCAGUAAUCAUUACCCAUCAUUCAUCCACUGCUUUCUACAGUAUUACCAUCCAUUACCUCUUGUAUCACCAUCACCCACCAUCAUCACCCAUACUGUAAAUUGUUGAUCCCAGGAAUUACUAAGGAAGAUUGAAUAGGGGCCAAGUUUUAGUGGAUGCAUCAGAAUGAAUGAGUUUACAACUAACAUUUACAGAACAAUCAUGGCAACAGUCUAUCCUUCAGCAUCAGUACUAACAUUUUUUUUUAUACCUUACCAGUGUUGCAGCACCAUAGAAUUAUAUGGUGGCUUUUGAUAAAUAAUAAAUAAUUUUUACACA